UUAAUUGGGCAACUAUGUGGCAAAUGAGGUUUAAUGUUGAUAAAUGUAAGAUUAUGCACUUGGGGGCUAAGAAUAUGCAUGCAUCAUACAUACUAGGGGGGUACAACUGGGGGAAUCAAUGGCGGAGAACAGACCAUUUGGAAACUUGGGCACUGCCCGAGGGCCCGGGAUGCCCCUGGUACCUUUUUCAUAGGCUUUUUUAAGUUUGGGCAAGGACACAGGGGCCCCAUGAUCCCCUAUUGCCUGGGGGG